UUCCAUUUGCUCUCUCCAAGCUAAGUAACAAUGUCAAUAGUCUUGUUACUCGUGUGCCUUACCCUGCUUGCGCAUGCUUCCACAUUCUCCGCACGGCCGGUGAUGCAUGACGCGUCCCAACCUACCCGAUGGAGGUCAAUGAAGAACAUGACAGAAGGGGCCGGGGCAGGGUCGGCCACGUGCAGGACAGGCAACCCGAUCGACGACUGCUGGCGGUGCGACCCAGACUGGGAGACGAAUCGGAAAGUGCUAGCGGACUGCGGGAUCGGGUUCGGGCGCGGCGCGAUCGGGGGGCGGGACGGGGAGUUUUACGUGGUGACGACCGAGGAGGACGACCCACGGGAACCGAGGCAGGGGAUGCUGAGGCACGCGGUGAUCCAGAGCGAGCCAUUGUGGAUAAUCUUCGAGCGCGACAUGAGCAUUACCCUGAAGGAGGAGCUGAUGAUGAACUCGUACAAGACCAUAGACGGGAGAGGGUUCAACAUCGAGAUGGCCAACGGUCCGUGCAUAACAAUACAAGGUGUGACUAACAUUAUCAUUCACGGUAUUUACAUACACGACUGUGUCCAGGGCGGGAACGCCGUCGUGACGGACGGCCCGCAGCAUUACGAGCUGCGGGGGAUCUCUGACGGGGACGGGAUCUCGAUAUUUGGAGCCCGCGACGUGUGGAUUGACCAUUGCACCCUCUCGCACUGCCACGAUGGACUCAUCGACAUAGUCUCCGGAUCCACGGCCAUCACCGUGUCCAACAACUACAUGUUUCGCCACAAUGAAGUGAUGCUUAUGGGGCAUAGUGAUGAUUAUGUAGCAGAUAAGAAGAUGCAGGUCACUAUUGCUUUUAACUACUUUGGGGAAGGUCUGGUUCAAAGAAUGCCCAGGUGUAGGCAUGGCUACUUUCAUGUUGUGAACAAUGUAUACACUGGGUGGGAGAUGUACGCGAUUGGGGGAAGUGCUAAUCCGACGAUCAAUAGCCAGGGCAACGUGUUCAUCGCGGCUGACGACGAUCAUACAAAAGAGGUGACGAAAAGGGAAAGCAGCCCGGGAGAUGAGGAGUGGAAGAGCUGGAAUUGGAGAUCGGAGGGAGAUCUUUUGUUGAACGGAGCACGAUUCAUAGCUUCUGGAAAUGCAACAGCGGCGACCUACGCUAAAGCCUCGAGCAUGGUUGCAAGACCAGCUUCGCUUUUAACUAGUAUAAUACCGGCGGCAGGAGUUGUCAAUUGCAGAAUUGGCCAACCCUGCUAGUAUUGUUCUUCUUUCUUUUUUUUUCUUUUUCGUUCUACUUGUAUUCUUGAUAGCUCUUAAAUGUUACAAGAGUUCAAAUCAAAAUAAGAGAGAUUUUGAAGGGAGCCAUUGAUCAA